CCAAGGAAUCGCACCAUGCCAAUGGUUCCCCAGCCAUUUGACCGUGUAGAAAAUACUUUUAACACGCUAGCUAAACACUGUUUGCGAUUCUAUCCCGUUGUUGAUAUUGCGCUGUAUCAAAGCACGUUGAAUGCCCGGCAGAUACAAAUUGUUAAUCAAAGAGCCUCCAGGCUCUGUAGACGUGCACAAAGUAUGCAAAUACUAAAGGCGUCGGAAUUCUCUUGGGAAGUAUGCUCGUGGCAUGAUGUAUUCGGUUUAAUUCUUGAUGACGAAUGGUUUAAAAUGGAUAAGAGGAAAUAUAAAUUUGUUGAAGAAGACACCGAUGGAAACGAGAUAGUCAAAACGCGAAUUCCCGAUGCCACAUUUGGCCUCACCACAUAUGACAGCAGUGCUAUUGACCUAAACCGCGAAUUUAUGGUCGCUGGUUACCAAGCGGACUACAGCAACAAGCAGCCGGAUGACCGCCUCUCCAAAGACCGCCUGAAAGCUAUGACGCAUAACCCGCAGUGUGGCCUAGUUGUUGAUGGCGUGUGGGGAGAAGCAGACAUUGUCUUUCCGUUUGCCGUAUAUGAGGCAAAGAAAAGGGUAGAAGAUUAUGAAGAUGCCAAGCAGCAAAUUCAGCAUGCAUGCCAGAUAUACUUGUCUAUGCUGGACGACCUGGCCCGAGAUCCUAAAAAUGUUGCCAAGUAUCAGACUGAAGGGUCUCAUCCUUGUCAAAUGUUUGCUCUUGUAUCACACGGGUCUCGGUGGAGCGUUUAUAUGGUAUGGAGCUCUUUUGAGACAUGCCAUAUUGAAACAUUAUGGUAUGGCGAUGUUACAAUUCCCACCGAUGCGUUAAAGCUUAUAUGCAUUGUGGACCAAAUACAUGAUUACGCUAUUCAGUAUCACCGCCCUUCUGUACUAAAUCAUCUAUCCUCGUGGCUUACUUGGAGUGAGAAG